GUGGCUGGUGCAUUCAUCAUUGGGAGAUGUGUGGGGAACCCUUAGUACAGCUGUAACUUUCUCUUCUCCUUACAGGCUUCACAGAGCUCAGUGUGCAAUUAAACAGACUCAGGUAACUGUUCAGAAGAUAGGAAGGGAGAUUGAAGAAAAGCUGAGAUGUACAUCUACAAGCAAUGAACUGAAAAAGGAGAGUGAAUGUUUACAGUUGAAGAUCCUGGUGCUACGUAAUGAACUAGAGAGGCAGAAGAAGGCCCUUGGUCAAGAAGUAGCCUUGUUGCAUAAGGAGAAAAACACUUUGCAUGACAGAGAAAAUGCAUUUGAGACUGAAUACCAGAAACUUCAAGAGCAUAACGAAUCCCUGCAUGAAUUAAGAAAGGAAUGCACUGCUAAGAGAGAACUGUUUUUGAAGACAAAUGCCCAGCAGACUAUUCGAUGCAAGCAAUUGCUGUCGGAGCUAUCCUAUAUCUACCCUAUUGAUCUGAAUGAUCAAAAGGAUUACUUUGUUUGUGGAGUCAAGCUUCCUAAUUCUGAAGACUUUCAAGCAAAAGAUGAUGGAAGCAUUGCUGUUGCCCUGGGCUACACAGCUCACUUGGUUUCAAUGAUAUCCUACUUCUUACAAGUGCCACUCAGGUAUCCUAUAAUACACAAGGGCUCCCGGUCUACAAUCAAAGAUAAUAUCAAUGACAAACUGACGGAGAAAGAGCGAGA